CUAGUCGUGAUUUCUGGGCACAUUUUCAUCACCAAGAACCAUUAAAACCAGUGAAACCAGUGAAAGCAGAGACCAGGAGAGAGUCCAGUAUGUGACCCGGAGCCCGGACCGGGACCAGAACGGACCAGAACGGAACCAGACUGGGAGAACUGGGAGAGCAGGCGACCAUGUGGGAGAAAACGUUUCUGCUGCUGCUCCACUGUGUGGAAGCGGUGGUGGCGUCUCAGUGCUGGCAGGGGCCCUCCUUCUCCGAGGCGGUGGUGUCCCCGGCGGUGGACAGCAGCGGGAUCCUGCGUGUCCCCGGCGUGGCGUCCCUGCCGCAGUGCGUGGCGGCGUGCUGCGACCUGCCGGGCUACGACCUGGCGUGGCUCUUCGAGGGCCGCUGCUACGUCCUGAGCUGCCAGCAGAGGGAGAACUGCCGGCCCCUGGAGCGCCCCGGGGCCGACUCCUUCCUCGCCUUCCUGCGCCGAGCGUCCCCGCAGACGCUGGUGCUGCAGAGUCUGGUGCGGGGGGAGCCGUACGGCGCCGGGCGCUGGGGGCCCCUGUCCCGGUCCUCCGAGGCCCCCGGGGACCUGGAGGCCCUGAAGGACCUCGCCCUGUUCGACGGGGCCCCGCAGGACUUCUCUGAGCCCGGCGGCCUGGAUGUGGAGUAUCCAGAGGGGGGCCAGGAGGAGAAGGAACCAGAUCCCCCGGCCCCCAAGGGACGAGACGGCCUCAACCAAUCAGAGGCCGAGGAGGCUCCAGAGGAGGGGGGGCUGACGGGGGGCGGCGGGGCCCAGAACACGAGUCAGGGGGACUGGGACAGAACCAGCAGGACGACUGGUCCUCCUGCUGCAGAGACGACUACUAAAACACAGAGCAGCUCUGAUCCGACAACACUGACGCUGUUACUGCUGCAGAAACCAACCGCUGUCUCCGCCCAACACGACCAUAUAAGGACGUCCCCUUCCACCCCCACCACCCCGCCCAGCAGCACGCCCACACAGACAGCUGCAGAGCCCCUGCUGGUGUCCCCUGGAAACCCUGUAGAGCAGCCCACAGUUAAACCUGAAGCUUCACCUGAACCCACAACAGACCUGCUGAAGGUUCUCCAGUCAGUCAGAACUCCUCAGACCACCAGAACCACCAGAACCACGACCUCUGACCCCAGCACCACCUCCACCCCCCCAGCUCCCAGCACCGCCCCCCCACCAGAGACCACGCCCCCUACCACCACUCAGCCUGUGUCAGAGGUCGGGGGGUCAAACCGCGGCCCGCUGGCCGUCGUCGGCCCCGACAGGAAGUUGAUCCUCCCGGUGAGCAGCGUGACGCUGGACGGCUCCGAGAGCAGCGACGACCAGCAGGUCACCAGCUUCCACUGGGACGCCGUCAGCGGUCCUCCGGGGGUAAAGCUGGAGGGGGCGGACCAGGCGGUCACCACGGCAACAGGCCUCCGGGUGGGACGCUACACCUUCAGACUGACGGUGUGCGACCAGCAGGGGGCGACGGACAGCGCCACGCUCACCGUCAGGGUCCAGGAAGCCAGAAGUCUUCCCCCCGUGGCCCACGCCAGCGGCAGCCACUCGCUCUCUCUGCCCAACAACUCUCUGGUCCUCCGGGGCUCCGUGACCGACGGGGACCAGAGCCAGGUCCACUUCCUCUGGGUCCGGGACAGCCAGAGUCCUGCUGCCGGGGACGUUCUGUACGGUUCUGACACCAAGGCGUCCCUCUACCUGGCCAACCUGGUGGAGGGAACCUACCUGUUCCAGCUGCGUGUGACGGAUGCUCAGGGCCGCUCCAGCGCCGCCACCGCCACCGUGGAGGUCCGCCCCGAGCCGGGCGGAGGCCAGCAGGUGGAGCUGGAGAUGCUGGUGGCGGUGUCGCAGGUCAGCGUGGCGCAGAGAGACACGGUGGUCCGCCAGCUCGCCGCCCUGAUACACGUCCUCGACACCGACGUACAGGUCCGCGCGCUGCAGGGACACUCUCACCUCAGCACGGUGCUGCGGUUCUCGGUGCGGGGCCCCUCGGGGCCCGUCCCCGGCUCCAGGCUGGUGUCUCUGCUGAGGAACCAGCUGCUCCGAGAGAAGAGCGACUACCUGCUGUUCAGAGUCCUGAGAGUCGACACCGUCUUGUGCCUGCUGCGCUGCUCGGGCCGCGGCCAGUGCGACCCGAUCUCCAAGGAGUGUUCCUGCGACCCGUUCUGGACCGAGAACCUGGUCCGCCGUUACCUUGGAGACGGAGAGAGCAACUGUGAGUGGAGGGUUCUCUACGUGAUCCUGACCAGCUUCAUGCUCAUGGUCUUCAUCCUGUCCGUCAGCUGGACCUUCAUCUGCUGCUGCAAGAGGAGGAGGCAGACCAAAGUCAGGAGGAAAACCAAGUACACCAUCCUGGACAACAUGGACGAGCAGGAGAGGGUGGAGCUCCGGCCCAAAUUCAGUAUCAAACACCGCAGCACAGAGCACAACUCCAGCCUGAUGAUGUCCGAGUCGGAGCUGGACAGCGACCAGGACACCAUCUUCAGCCGGGACCGGCCCGUCCGCAGCAGGAACCGGAUCAGCGCCCAGGCCGCCCGCAACGGAAACGCCUUCGGCUGACGUGACGUCCGACCUCCUGGUGACGUAGACCGGACCCGUCUGGGAUGUUUGCAGCCUCGAGCGGCAGCGACGAACUCUUAGAGUUUGAAGGACUUCAUUACCCAGAAAUCCUGUUUCUGUGAGGUCAGAAAAAUGAACCAGUGUCCCAUUUCAGAGUCAAACUCCUUCAAAAGGACAUGAGGACUCAAGGCCCCGGGAACAGGACAUGUUCCCGGGGAUCAUGUCGGCAUGAUCACUUUAAAUGAGACUUCUGAGUAAGAAAUUUAAGGAAGAAUCGGACAAUUUGGGAAUUCCACAGAGCCAGAAGAGACCAUCGUCUCGGUUUAAACUCUCUGAGUUCAGAGAAAAGUCCAGGAUGAUGUUAGCCAAGCUCCAACAAUAGAAGGAAAAAACCCACCUCCAAAUAUUUGCAUGUUGUAUCUUGUUGACCAGCAACCAACCAACCAAUCCAUCCAAGAUUCAGUUUUUAACAUUUUUGUUCUACAACUACAAACAUUCGUAAGCUUACUGGACCUCGAAACAAUUUAUUUCUUUAUCCAGAUAUCCUAAACUCCACUCCAGUUAAGAACAAAAAGAAACUUUUUGUUAAUUUAAAUGUAAUUGCAUCAAGAAGGUCUACGCUGUUUUUGGCCUAGCUUAGCACAAAGACUGGAAGCAAGGGGAAACCGUUAGCUUAGCUAAAAAAUGGAGGAAAGUAUUAAUAUGUGAAGAACUCAGAAAUCGGUGUGUUAUAUGUUGUAUCUUGUCGGCUAAAAAGCUCGUCACCGAUCCAUUCAGCUUGGUUUUACUAUAGCUAAGACCGAGUUAACUUGUUGGUCCUGGAGCUCGACACAGAUGCUAACUCAAUUCAUUGCUUUAGUGUUAUCUUAACCCUUGUGUUGUCUUAGGGGUCAAAAUUGGCCGCCAUGAUGUUAAACACCAUAGGAAACCCCUUUAUAAUCUAUUUUCAACUUGAAUUUCGAUGAAUUUUCCGAGAAUGACCCCAACAUGAGAAAAAGUCAAAAAUUGCUUGUUCAUAUUUCCAUGAAAGCAGCACACCAACAGGGUACAAAUCUUGUGUUAGGGGUCAUUUUUGACCACAAAACCUUAAAAACCUUGCAUUUAUGCUUGCACGUACGCAUGCACGCUUGCUAAAAAUUGUGUUGACACCUGUGCAGUAGGCUACCUUUAGCAAUAAAAAUAGAGGAACCCUUCUUUAGUAAAACAGAAAACCACUUGGGAUUCCACAGAUUAAAUCCAGUUUUCUGCUCUGUAAAAAGGGAAAACCUUGAUAUUCACAGAGUUUGUGAUGAAUGACAGGUUGUUUCUGAAUGCAAAAUAGAUUUGGGUUUUAUAUUUCAGUCAAGCUGCUUUAUUUAAGAGGUUCAGUGAAGGCAGGUAAUUUUUGACAUUUAGGACAAGUACAAAGAGUUCAGACAACACAGGGGUUAAAAACAACAUCUGACAGACCUCGGACUUCCUUUAGGUUCAGACAUUGAAAUGAAUUGAAGUUUGUUUUUGUCUUUGAGAAGCAAACUGUUUAGCCUAGCUUAUGAAAAGGCUGGAGGCAAGAGGAAACUGCUAGCCUAGCACGUCAAAACUGAAAAUGUCUGAUCAACAUGUUGUUCUGUUAGCUAACAAGAUAAUCUGCACAAGAGUAAUUUUGUUGACGAGCGCCUUGACAUGAAGUUAACUUCAAGCUCAAACUAAUUUUUCCUCCUAAAGUAAGUCAGUAGUGUUUAGUGUAGCUUAGCACAAAGACUGGAAGCAAACUGCUUGCUUAGCUCGUCAAAACACAAAACAUCCUCCUUCCAAAAACUAUAAUAAUUGCCACCAACAGUAUAGGCAUAAUUGAUUUAUACAUAUUUAACAAUCUACGUAUGAAAUUUAAUUCAUGUACAUGGAGAUUCACAUGUCUAAUUACAAUACGAAAGUAACUUUGAUGAGAGAAAGCAGUAAGAAUGCUCAGGCAAGGAUCUUUAAAGUACAUUUGUAUUUUUACUGUACUGUAUUUUAUUGUGAAGGACUAGCUAGCUUAAUGCUACCUAAAGCUAAACAAAUUAUUUACAUUAAAAACACAACUAUCCAGUAUUUACUGAGUUAACAACCUCUGCUAAACCAUCAGCUUGAUUUCAUUAAUUUCAAUAGUGUCUAGUCUACAGUGUGUUUAGCGUAGCUGAGCACAAAGACUGGAAGCAGGGGGAAACUGUUAGUGUUAAAAUAUCCACUUUUAAAAAACUCAAAAUCUGUCUCUUUAAUCUUGUUAGCGACGUAACAACCUUAUCUAUGCAAGAGUAGUUUUGUUGAUCCAAUGAGAGGCCAUUCAAGAACUAGAAGCUAACUCAACCCAAAGGCUAACUGUUAGCUUAACUAUCUCGGUCUAAAUAAAUUGUUAGCCUCAGACACAACUAUCCACUUUUUACCCAGCUGACCACGAGCUUUUGAAACACCAAAGAAAAUGUUUGUUUUAAUAUCAUUACUUAAAGGAAGUCCUCAGUGCUUAUAGUCCACAAAGUGUUUAGCGUAGCUUAGCACAAAGACUGGAAGUGGGGCAAAACUGUUAGCCUAGCCUAGCCAAAAGAGAGCGCCAACAAGAUACAUGUAAAUAAAAUAUCUGAUAUUUUGAGCUGUUGAAAGAGGUUUAUGUUGGUCAAUCUUGUUUUUGUUCUUUUAACAGUUAUUUACACUUUGUUUUAAGUCAUUUAAACUUUGCUUUAAUGAGAAACCACUUGAUAAAGCCACUGACUAAUGAAGAUUUUUAAUAUUGUUGGCACCAAAACAACUUUCAACUGCUGGGAUGAUUCAGUAUCAGCUAAAAAAGUAAGAACACGUUACAAGAUGUAAUAUUACAAUCCCCUCUUUAUUUUCACAUUAAUAUACAUCAGAAAUACAAAAUGUAUCUUUUUCAUUCCACAACGAGACCUUCAAUUUCACUUUAUAUUAGAAAUAUUAUCAGAACUCAACAUCAUUUCUUCAUCUUAAAUUUUAGAAAAAUAACUUUUCCUCUGCAGAACAAGAAACACAGGCAAAGUUUUGAUUUGUGCGUCUUUAAUCUGAAAUAAGCACAUAUCACGUACAAAAUUUUUCCAAAAAUGACAAGGUGCAUAAAAAGACAUCUUUAUCUCAAACAACAAGAUACAUUCAUCUUAAUUAGGCAACGUUUAUUUUCCGUACACCGUAACACAAGAUUUAAAUCUCUGAUCAACGUGAUCUCAAACAUACAAUUUUGUUUAAUCUGCUGUAAUGAAAGCUGCUAACAAUAACUCGCCUUGCUAACUAUCAUAUAUUAAUAAGCAACCUGCAUUAUUUUGUGGCGUUUCAGUUCUGGACUGGACCCCCCUAUGUCCUGGAUUAUACUGCAUCAGAGUUUGUGCUAAUGUGAGCAUGUCUGUUCUGUUCUUUAUUGGAUUUGGGUGAGUUUAUACCCGUGUUCGAAAUCACAUACUGACAUACUGAAUGAAGGAUUCAGUAUAAUAUGACUUUAGAAUCAUUGACGGCCCGGUUCGGACCCAACAACAGCUCCAAACAGCUGUUAUUCUGAUAAACUGACCACAUGUUGAGGAACCUAAAGGUUCUUGCCUGAAUUU